AUGUGGUUCUUGGAGAAGGUCCGGGCUUCCCCCGGGAGCAGCGGCCCUUUGAACCCCUCGUUUCUGGGCUUACCUUCCAGCCAGCCCACGGCUGACAAAAACAAACUGGCCUUCCCCAACAUCUUGACCCCAGACAAGAUCCCGGCCUUCUGCAUCCCCCCGAGACUGGCGGCUCCCCCUGCCCCGAAAAGCCCCAGCCCGACCUUCCAGCCCCACCGCUGCCUCACUGAGCCCACCUUGCAAGCGGCCUCUGCUGCUGAGGGGGGCUCCGGCCUCUUCUCGCCGCACCUCAUCCAAGUGGAGAGUGUGGAGGAGAUCCUGGACCUGGAGGAGGAGGAGAGCACAAACUCGGACCCCCGCUCCCAGGCCGCCUUGUCUCUCCCACACUUCCCCAAAGCCCAGACCUCCUACGGCUUCUGCACCCUCCUGGAGAGCCCCCACACCCGCCGGAAGGAGUCCAUCUUCCACAGCGAGGCCCUGGCCAUCCCCUUACCUCGCUCCCGAGCCAGCAGCUACAGUGGCAAAGAACUGGUCUCCAGCCCCAUCACCAUAGCUGGCCACCGGUGCCUGCUCCUUGGCCGGCAGGGAACCUGGGACAGCGACACGGCCUCCUCCACCGAGUCCUCCCCCUUCAGCUCCCCGCUCCUCGGCCGAUCCCCUCCCCGGGCUGGUACCCUCUUCAAGACCCGCAGCCAGGACGGGCUGCUGAGCAAGGCCUUGAGGGGAAGGGGCCGGACGGGGAUGGCCCGGGCAGGCUCCUUGUCGACUGACGAGGGCAGCUCCAUGGACAACAGCCCCAACGCCACCCGGCGGUCUUCGGAGAGCCUGCUCGACCCCUUGACCUCCCGGUCCUACAGCCUCUCCCCUCUGCCCAUCUUCCCCCUGGACAUUCCCUGCGGCCGGGAGAGGCUGGGGUGGGAGAGCACCGUCUCCAUGGACAAGGGAGGGCAGCUCCGGCUGUCCUCGGAGUACUGCUCGGAAAACCGCCGGCUCCGGAUCCGCCUGAUCAGCGUGGAGGGGCUGUACGAGGCCUCGAGGGAGGCCAAGAGCAUCAACUGCUGCGUCACCUUCGCCCUCAUGCCCGGGAAGCUCCAGAAACAGAGGAGCCCCGUCAUCAAGAGGAGCCGCAACCCCAUCUUCAACGAGGACUUUUUCUUCGUCGGGGUCUCCGAAGAUGACCUGGACGCUCUUUCGGUCCGGAUGAAAGUGGUGAACAGGGGCUGCAGCAUGAAGCGGGACCAGGUGCUGGGGGAAAGCGAGGUCCCGCUGAUGCAUCUUUUAGCGGCGUGAA